CAACAUCAUUACCAAGGCAAUAAAAAACAAUUGACAACGCACCUUUUUUUAUGGAACGGUCUAUAUACCUCACACACGUCACUUAUAGUUUGUUCUGAAAAAGCUUUAGAAAUUGCUACAACUACAGCUAACCCCGGUUAAGGGCUGCCAGUCGGCGACGCGCGCACGGCUCGAUCACGCGUGUCGCUAAACUGAAAACGGAAAAACAUUUUCCCGCGUUUAACGCGCUGUUCCGCUAAUAAAAUAAAUUGAACUUUUUGAAAAGUUCACUAUAACGAAAUACGUGUUCCGUUUGAACAUAAAAUAAUGUUAUUAUUAUAGCAGAGUAUAUUUUUACGGGUGUAAGGUGAUUUGUCUACACGUGCACAUUCACAUGACACUGACCUAAUGAAGACAUCGACUCAUAAUUUUUAUAUCAAUUGAUUUUUCGUUAACCUUUCUGUACUAAAAUUUUUCUUCAGGACAAUUGAAAAAUUGGGACUAAGAAUUCAACAUAGCAAUCUAAAUAGUAAUAUUUAAUAGGAUCUCGUAAAGUAGCUGUGUUUUUGUGAAUGCAACUUCAUAAUUAAUUGUUAAUUAAAAAGAGAGAAAUACAUUUCCAGUAGAAAAGAAAGUGCGAAAUUAAAUAAGUUUUCCUUUUCUAGUGAUCAUUAGUGUUUUUAUUACACCCGCAUGGUUUCCCGUUUGGUGGUAAUAAAAAUCAUUAUCAGUAAGUUAACUAUCAGUUAAAUAUGUACUCAUAUAUACAUGUUAUGUGACACGAACUGGUUAGGCUGAAUAAACUUUAAAACUAGUGUUUAAAAUAAAAACAAAAUAAAUUUAAAAAAAAGUUUGCGACCACAACAGCACAGAUUAUAUGGCUGAAAUGAAAAAAGUUCGGAUACCACCGGUCAGCUUUUACAAAGCUAACAAGAGAAAAUGCGAGGAGUACUGACUGAGAAUGGCUCUGAAGAACCUGCAGCUAUUCCAACCGAUGAACUCCAAUGGGUACCAGCACCGGCAGGCGGGGCCCAUGCGGGCGCCGCCCACUGCCCUCAGCAGAAGCCUCUCGAAGUCAGCUGAGACUUUGAUAGGGACCACCAGAUGUGGCAAAGAGUUGCGGUCUAGGAAGGCGCGCAGCACAGAACAACCUGGUGGUGCCAUGGCGAAGGGCAACAGCUCCACAGCCCUACCAAACCUCACCAACAACUCCAACUGGGACGGCGACAGCCUGCGCAGUCGUUCCAGGAACGGGAGCGCCAGCAGUCGAGCGGGCAGCGUAGAUCGCAGCACACGCGACUCUAACACUACACUCAACUCUGACGAAGACAACAUAAACGUCGUGGUCAGGAUACGUCCCCUAAGCGAAAAGGAGAGAAAGAGUGGCGAGCGGGAGAUCCUGGAGUUUCCAGGCAACGGGCAGGUGAUCUGCCACGCCAAGAACCCCGGACAGAGGCCCAAGGUCUUUUCUUAUAACGUAGUCUUCGAACCGCUGGCGACACAGGAGGACGUCUUGGAGUACUCUGGCAUCAAGCGGCUCCUAGAGAUGGCUGUAGAAGGUUUCUCCUGUACCGCCUUCUGUUACGGGCAGACCGGCAGCGGCAAGACGCACACCCUCACGGGACCACCGGGAUUGGUGGAGAGUGGAGCGAGUCCCCUGGCGCCAGGCCAGGGUCUGGUGAUACGUUCGUUCGUGUACCUCUUCCAGCUCAUCAACGAGCGACCCGACAGCCACUUCGUACUGAAAGCCUCCUUCUUGGAAAUAUAUAAUGAGAAGGUUAUAGACCUAUUGAAUCCUGGCAGUGCCAGAAAGCCGCUGCAAGUCCGAUGGUCUAAAGAGAGUCGCGGUUUCUACGUGGAGAACCUCUUCACCGUGGACUGUGAGCAGCUGGACGAUCUGUUCGCAGUGUUGGAAGAAGGCAUGCGUAACCGCGCGGUGGGCGCGCACGCGAUGAACGCUCACUCGUCUCGCUCGCACACGGUGCUGAGCGUGCGCGUGCGCCGCGAGCUGCGCGCCGACGCCUCCGUCAACUGCUCCACGCACGGCAAGAUCAACUUCGUGGACCUGGCCGGCAGCGAGAUGACUAAGCGGACGCAUUCUACAGGCAAGACUUUGGAAGAGGCGAAUAAUAUUAAUAGGAGCUUGAUGGUUUUGGGGUAUUGUAUAGCGCAGCUUAGCGAUGGUAAGAAACGGGGGCAUAUUCCCUAUCGGGACAGCAAGCUCACCAAGCUACUGGCCGACAGCCUCUCCGGCAAUGGAGUCACACUCAUGAUAGCAUGUAUAGCUCCAACGAAAUCUAACUUGAGUGAAACCAUCAACACCCUGAGAUAUGCCGCUAGAGCUAAGAAAAUUAAAUCCAAGCCCAUCGUCAAAAUGGAUGCAAGAGACGCCCUCAUAUUGAGCUUGAAGAGGGAGGUGGAAGCUCUCCAGGCGGAAAAUCAGCACCUGAGGACGGCGUUACAUGUGCAGACUGACUAUAGCAUGGACACUUACAGUCACAGACGCACCCCGCCACAGAUAGAGCCGAACAAACUGUAUCAGCUACCUCGCUCCGAGUUAGUAGACCUAGUCCAACUGCACAUGGACGAAAACUCAGCACUGAGGAAGGAGAACACGGAACUGUUCACAGUCAGAGACCAACUCCUGAGAGACCAGGAACUACUGAGCAGGGAGAACGAGAGGUUACUCAAGAAAAUGGAGGACGUCAACACAAUGCCAAAACAACGGAACGCGCGUGAGCCUUGGUUGUGUCCAUUCAGUCGGCAGCCGGAGCGUUUCAGUCGAGAGCGCAAGAAAAAAGACAAAAAAGACGUGUGUGUGUCCGAUCGCCCAUCAUCCCCGCAAGACCCGCCUACGGAGAAGCUAGCCCCGGAACCAACCCCGACGAACCCAACAUUUGGACAAAUCCAGCCACCAACACCACACCAAACCACAGCUAGUACAGAAUGAAAGAGACUUGGCUAUCGCAAAACUUAGAUUGCUUCCACACGGUACAGUUUGACAACGAGUUUGUUUAUCAGUUGAAUUGGUUAUCAAGGUGUCCAUCUGUGAAUAGUAUUUGAUAGUGACAGCCUUAGAUUAAAACAAAAAGGGAAGAUACGGCACUCGCGGCUCAUAAGUGCUCCGCUUAAAUUGUGGUGCAUGACCAUAAUUAGCUUUAGUCACAAUUGGGCAUUCAAACACGCUGCAUGUGCACUCAAUAUAACAAUGCCUUCGAUGCUUUUAUAAAAACCCUCGGCAACACUUUUCAUUAGUAAAACUGUAAAAAUAUUUUUUUCACAAAAAUCACGGUUCGUCGUGAAUGUCAUUUACGUAAUCGCCAUUUUGUUAUCAAGAAAAGGACAACAAUACAAAAGAAGCGUACAGUUCUGUCUCGCUCUCUCGAUUGAAUGAUUAUAUACAUAAGUGUGCGUGUGAGAGUUGCUUAUGUAGUUGAGUCGGAUCAUAUUUUAUUUGAUGCUAGUAUGAGCGUACAGUAUCUUCCCUUCUUGUUAUAAUCUAAGGUGACAGUGCCUUUAUUGCUACGUACAAUAAGAGCGAUAUUAUAGGUGUUUUCCACGUUGAGCGGUUUCUAAUUAUUAGCUGCGAACGUCGUCGUUUAGCUAGAUCUCAUGUUAUGACGCCCACUGGUGAGCGUAGGCCUCCUAUCUCCACAGCAAUCGGUCAUAUCAGCGCCUUCCACCAGGUCGCUGGUUCAUCUGGUACCGGUCUGCCUACGGAACGUCGUCAUUCAAAAGCCUAUACCCAAACGGCCAUCUUCUUUCAACUAUUUGUACCGCUCCUCUUAACGAAGAGCAAUCCUCUUAACGAUGUCGAUUCGGAAUCGGAAAUGGUUUAUUCAACAUAUACAAAAAUGUUAGCGACAAUGAUUCAGACGCUCACUCGAAAUUUUACUUAGCGACGCUGCAUUGGUAGGGUAAGUUUCCUUGUAACUUCCGUUUUUAUUGCAGAUAGAUAAAGGCGCUUUCAAAGAGUAUUUCUACCAAAGGUGCCUUGACUGUUCAAUCUGAUAACAAAUUUUCGUAUUAAUUUUGUAUCGCGAAAAGCUGUAACUUAGCUACGGCAGUAAAUUUUUUAAAUGUUUCUACUUACUUUAUAACUGCUUUGUAACAUGCAUAAGCGUCCUGAUUAAAGAUCUAUUAUCUUGAAAGUUAUUUCAUUAUGAAAUAAGAAAAUUUUAAAAAUUAAUUAGGGUCAUCAAAAUUGGUGUGGUGGUAAUUAAAAAAGAGUGUAAGGAAUGAAACUACUAAUAUCAAAGACGAUUUGACGAAAUAAUCUACUUUGACAUGACAGAUUACAGGGAGGCAUCGGAAUUUAAAGGCGAAGAAGAGAUAGAGAUACAAGUUAUUGAAUUAAGUUUUCUCUUCUUAACUCUUUACCAAUAUAUGCAACGAUUGUAUACAAUCUUUUAUAAAAUUUUAAAUUGUCAUUCAUACAAGAACUUCGUAGUAUUAAAGUACCAAUUAAGUGUUUUCGAUGAUGUAACAUAAUGUACAAUAACAAAAGUGUUAAUAGGUUUAUUAGCUUAGGUACCUUUUUAUUGUAUAGAAAAACUUAAUGUCAUUACUAACAAAAGUGAGAAAUAAAGAAUUUUAAGAGAAAAUAUACAUUUAUUUUUGAAAACCCUGAUCCUUUUAAAUUUUACAUGAAAAUUGUAUGCCAAAAUAUCCAUAAUUAUUAUUUACUAAUAAUACAAAGAGGAAUGGUUUUUAUUUUUGUAACAAUGAACUAAAAAACUAGUGGACCAAUUUUAUAUUUUUUUUUUUCACCAUUACAAGCUACAUAAUUGAUACAAGCUACAUAAAUGAAAUAAUAAAAAAAGGCGUGAAGUAACAACAUGCAGGCUGGCUAGGUGAGGAUGGCUGGUGUGGCAGGUAGAACUGCUGUACCAGCUAUCUGAAGAUGAACGCGAACGCCUGGACUUCACCGUCACUUAACAUCAGGUGGGACGGAGUCAUUUGUCGGACCUAUCUAUGAAUAAAAAAAA